AUGCAUCAAGGGAACAUUACAUACGAUUAUCUGAUUCUGACUUGCGGGCUGCAGUAUCAACGUCCUCAGUUUCAAGACGAACUGGAAGAACAAAGGAGAGGAGAAUUUUUGGAGCAUGAAACACCUUGGAAUUGUUUGGCUAUCAAUGACGAUGCAGAAGCAGCUGUCUGUCUGGAGAAGAUCAACAAACUGACAGACAAUUUAAAACUUGAAAAGAGAAUUAUUAUUUACGGACACAAUAUUGAUUGCUACUGCGCCCUUCAAGGACUGCUCGAAUUUGGAAUAAAAGGCUCUUGGAUCACGCUGAUCCAGCCGCCGUUGCAAGAAUGUGAAACUCAUCACAGUGCCUUCUUCAAUAAUUGCGAAAUCACCAAGCCACAGAAAUUUCAGAUAAAAGUUUCGCGAAUUUCAAAAUCAGCAAUUUCCGGUUCAAGCUUAAUUUUGUAUUCAGAACCUAAAGACAGCCUCAAAUCAGCACAAACACUGAUCGAUGCAUUCAAGGUGUACGCGGAGGUGAUGAAGUCGAUUUCAAGGAGUAACAUCAAGAUGCUCGUGGGAUGGGAAUUGACCGAUUGGAACCUAAAAGAAUCGCUAGACGGAAGGAUAAUUGAAACGAUCGUUAUCCGUUUGAAAGGCAAGCUGAAAACGCUGGAAUGCGACGCCCUAAUAAAUUUUCGCGAGAAGACCAUCAACAUGACGAUAUUCUUGGCGAUCUGUAAGUCUGGGUUGAUGUUCGACGGCCAGUUAAUCAUAGAUACGGAAUUAAGAACGAACGAUCCGUCGAUCUUCGCCGCUGGAACGAUAACCAAGUAUUGUAGAAGGUUCUACUCGGAAAUCUGGCAACACGUACAUUUCAAUAGCAUAGAGAUAGGCGAGAAAUUGGCGAGGAUUCUUCAGUCGAUCAUCGAAAAUGAACAUCGACGCGUUGAGACACCUGAGGAAGCGUCUGAACGCAAGAAAAAUCUAACAAUACCCGUGUUUCGAACACCAAAAGUCGUGGCCUGUACUUUGCCCGGUGGUUAUCGUUAUCUUUACAUUUUCAAGCCUGGAAAACACAUGAUGCGACGGCUUGCGAUUCAUUAUAACAUUUACGGUCAAGUGCUGGUAACUGGAUCGUGUACGUCAGACAUUGGUUACUUUCGCAUACGACUGAAUCGAUUUGACGUAAUAGAGACAAUGACGUGUUUUACCAAACAGGUAAAGAGACAUAACUCUACGCUUUUGAAUAGUAAUAAUUGUUUGAUAUUUUAGAAUAUCGAAGUUCAUCAUAUGAUCGCGUUGUAUGGAAAGCACGAAAGCUUACUGAACGAGAUGAAAACACGCUUUCAAGUAAACUCUUCUUAAUUUGUAAUUUAUUUCAGAUUAACCCUUUGACAGUGUGACAAAAUGACGGAGAUUUCGGAAUGAAGGAUUUAGAAAAUAAUCUUUUUUGAAUAAAAUAAACAUAUUUUAAACUUGAUGUUAAUACAAUAGAAUCUUGAUUAUUAUUAAAUCUGAAAAAUGAUAAUUUCUUUCAAUCAAUAUUUUACAAGUAUUAAUAUCAAAUGGGGAUGAAAACUUUUAGCUUUUGUUUUCCUUCCUCGAUGUUUCUUUAAAUAAACAUUUGACAUUUGUGUAAAAAAACAUUGAGAAACAGAAAUAGAAACUGAGAAGAAUUAUUAGGUUGCGCUUUAUUGUUACAUUUUUAUUUAAAAGAUUUUUGUCCCUGUUGAAAACAAAUUAUUAUCCAAAAAAAAUAAUAAUUUGGAUGAGAUCAGCUACACUGUUAAAGGGUAG